GAGCACGGGGAUUGGCUGAUGUCACAGACGCCCCUGGUUCAAAAGUUCCCGAGGCCAAGAGAACAUCUUUAAUUGACUGAUCGUGGAGAUGGUUGCGCAUCCCAACAUGUCAUAAUCGUCCACCCUUCCAACAAGAUAUGUAUGAUAGCAACUUCCAAUCCGGGUGAUAUCAAUACUCGAUUCCUUCCUCACGCCUGCCCUUCGAGAUCCUAACCAUGCCCGCCAAACCUUGCUAGCAGUGGCCCAAAACUUCGAACUCAGAGCGCCAAAGCCAGGAGAAAGCCAACCGCCAUUGCCUUGAGGCUUCUAGACACAGGGUCAGCAAAUCUGCUCAAGCCAUAGGGAUAUGGGCACGUACCGGCCAAAAAGCCCAUUCGUGUCAGCAGCUUGAUUCGUCGAAUUGGUCGUCGUGGGGGCAGACUGGGUAGCUGUUGAUACCUCUGGAGAGCCUGUGUCUGUUGCAGCCGAUGAUGUCGCAGAAUCUUGAGAGGUGGCAGACAAAGUCAAGUUCGAGCUGGCCGUAGGAGCGGUCAAGUUGGAUACCACGCUCGUGAUGUUGGCAAGGAUAGAGCUUGUGAGUUCCGACAGUUGGGACGCGUCAAUGGGUGGCAAGGUGACCUCCAAAUCGCCAAGGCUGUUCCCGGGCGUGAAGGUGACGGUGGCCUGAGGUGGCUUCUGCUGGUUGCUGUACACUGUGACGGUGCUGAGGCCGACAGUGGUGAGCUGAGCCAGCUGCUGGGUCCCGUUGGUCAACCCGUUGCCAACGAUCACGGUGGCUGUCGUCGCGGCCACAGUGACGAGGGACACGUUGUCGGCCCUGGCGAGAGCGGCGGCGAGCAGGGCUCCGUGAAGAAGCAUUGUCGGGAACAUCUUGAGAGGGCCGAUGGUGAGAAGGCCGUGAUGCGUAUUUGUCGGCCGAAGGACGAGGCGGAUGGGAUACUAGCUGAAUCGGAAUGUUGAGAGAGAAGUUGGAAUAACGGCUCGAUGUAUUCAUUUGGUUGUGGAGAGGAAUCUUGCAACACUGGGGAGAAGACAGGCCCGGGGAGAAAGCCUUCCACAUUCAGCUUCCCAACCAAAUUCCGCCCAAGUCACCCGGAUGCAGGACCGCAGAGUGGGAGGCACCUUCCUCAUCAAACGCAACUGAAGGCAGUAGCCUGGCAAUGGCAUCAUCCGCCCUGUUUCCAGCUGCGCCCAAGUACCUAACAAACCAACGGGAAGCUCCGAACCCCGUCCAUGAUCACUCUGCGGACUGGCUGUGGCAGAAGCGAGAGAACAUGAUGGCCUUGUGCUGUUUGACGACAGGGACGGCAAGUGGACGACCACAUUUGGAUAUUCCCCGCGAACAGGAGGCGGUCGUGGGUGACCGCAGGCUCCUUCCUGAACACACCGUGGGGCUCGGGGGUCGGUGACGGGAGUUGGUGGAGUCUUGUCGAAUUUGUACGAGCAUGUUCAGUCGAGACUUCCUGACUGGCCAGCUCAGGUGCCAGUGGCGGGCCUGAAUAGUGGAAGUUGCUUGCUUGAUGCUGUGGCAGGAGCGUUGGGCGAUAUGUAGGUAGGUACCUCAACUCUGAGCAAUUCUCAGCUGCAUAACUGAGAGCAGAACCACGGCACUGUGAGAUAAACUUGAACAGGAAAUUGGUAUCAUAAUGUACAAAAAUGCUCGGUGUAUACAAAAUGUAACUGACAUGGCCCAUCAACCGCCCCUUGACUAUACCUCUUUACAGCAAAGCAGCGCCGACGAGAAGCAUCACGCCUGUGAGAGCGAAGCUUCCAAACGAUACCCUCUCGCCCAUCAUUGGUGCGGCGGCACUGGGUUGUGAGGUGGUAGCCGCCGGAGCGGGCGCCGUGGUUUCCGACCCGCUGGACCCCGAAUUGGACGAUGAGCCAACGAGCGCCGACAGUGUGUCAUCCGGCUGGAAGGAUGCCGUGACGGCGCUGCCGUUGACACAAGAGCCGCCGGGGGCUGGCGCGGAACCAGACACGAAGUUGACAGCGGCGCACUGUUCCCUGUGUUAGCGUAUCGAGAUACCGGGACAUGUCGGGGAAUUUGGCACAUACCGCGUAUAGAAUGCCAUCGCCAGCAUUGCCGCUGAUGCCUAGGAACCCCUUCUUCCCAGCCCACUCGCCGGGCACUGUCACAACAGGCUCGCAGAAGUUACCACGCCCAGUUUGUUGCACAAUGGGGAACAGCUGCUCCCAGUCGCCGCCGGCUUUGGGGUCAAGGGUACCACGGAUCAACCAAUUGCCCUGAGCAUGCCCAUUGAAUAGUUGUACGUAGUCGCCUUCGACGUGGAAAUCGGUCGCCGUGUUUUGAUCAAUGUCGGCAUUGGCACCACCGCAUGGUGCCGUGGCCUGCGAGCUGCUCUCAGCCGUCAGAGGGGAGGGAUGUUGAAGCUCGAAGUGGGCAUUGGCCGUUGUCGACAGGAGAAGGAGGCCGGCAGCGAGAACGGAUCUCAGAGACGCCAUGUUAUCGUAAUGAGAGACUGAACAGUAAGGUGGAACAGGAGGAGCAGACAAUAAAACAAAGGCAACGGGGCCGGGGAGAGUUUAAGGAAUUGAGGCGGAGUUCCCCUUCGAGCUCCAACAGGGGGGAGCUUAAAGAGGGACAGUGCCGAGUCGCGAGACAGGGACCAGAUGGUUGUAUGGCAUGCUCUCUUCUUCGCGAUAUCUCGGGAAGCAUUCCAUGCCGUAACACAUUGAUGUUACGACUGAGAAACCGGGAUCCUGGGUCGCAGUGACAUAAGACCAACACCGGCAGACUCGGCACCGCCUAUGUAUGUGACCUGAGCCUCCACGAAGAGAUAUCUAUUUAGAAUCGGCCUCGCGUUGAGAUGCUCGACAUCGCUACAUCAGGUCUCGAUGUCAGUGGGAGCUGCUUGUCACCAUCUGUCAAGCUUUCCGCCCAGAUGUUGCGGAGCUUAUCAGUACGACAUCAGGUAACUGAUUUCCACCAGAUAAUCUCAGACAAGUCGCCUCACCACCAUACCUAUCUCUGGGCCGUGGCAUGGAGGGUUUCCCAACACAUCCCAAUGUUUUCUACUUAGAAGUGAAGCAUGUCGUCAGCAGUUGUGUGGGGUAGAUGCAUCUUGUGCAUGAAUAACGGCGCCAAACCGCAAAUGGAAGCUGCCAGGGUCUUUGUGUGCGGGUGGUCUGUCCCCAGAGGGGCAUAGCCUGGCGCGGGGCGAGGGGGUUUGAGCAAAUUCUGGGCCGCUAACGAUCUGAUUUCUGGCAACGCCGCAUCCUCAUGCGCACGACAAUGUCCUCUAGCCAGUGACAACUUGCUCUGCCCGUCUCAGCUUCCCUGCUGGGUGAGGAUGCUGCGGCUUCACAAUGAUCGGAAAUGAUGGAACUGUGUCUGUGGUGUACGACCUUUUCCAUGCCCUGUUUGCCUAUGGGGGCGGUGUCCGUCGGCUUGUGUGGGACUAUGGGACACCUACACGGCAGGCGGAUCUCAAAUGGCUGGCAUUUAGCCACCAGGGACCGGUGACUAUCAGGGCCAUCAUCAUUCGAUGCUAUUCUUCCUUGUUUGGUGACUUUUUUUAUCCAUUGUUAAUGAAAUCGCAUCAAGAUUAUUGACCCGGCAAUCCACCCCGCCGGUACUGCUGCUGAAGUUGCACUGCGCUACUGUGUUCCAUCCACUCUCGCUCACUGCUCGCCUCGCUGGCCAUCUGGGUCCAGAUUCUCCAGAUCCCCGGAGCCUCCUUGUUUCCCGUCAUUUGCCGCCAGACAGGAACUUCACCCGGCGUUUCCUCGCGACAUUUUUUGUCCUGCGGACCCAUUCAUCACAGGAGACUCACGCCAGGCUAGGAGACUGAUUAAUGGUGAAAGAGUCAGGGUAUCACAACCUCGAGCCCGGUGAAGGGAAGAGUUGGCCGACAUAUAAGGGAGGGCCCUGCCGCCCAUUUGGUGACGGCAGCAUCAAAAAGCUGUGGGAAUGGAUCAUGAUCAUGGCUCCCACGGGGGCGGUGGGACGGGAAACACGACCUACCCUGUUACAAACGAAGAAUUGGCGCAGCGGUUCUGGUUCAUUGUCGCGGGGUUUGUGGGCGCGUUUCUGGUCUGCCGGGUUAUAAACUGGUACAAGUUGGAAAGAAGACUACGACGGCACACGUCGAGUUCCGUCCAAUCUCCAACAAAACCGGACACGGCCUUUCUAGAGCUGUGGGCAACCUUUACGGCCGUGGUUCGUGAAGUUAGUUAUCCCCAGCUGUAUGUCCCAGCAAGGGGGUUUUCCUGGUUGACGCCGCCUCCAGGAGGCCGCGUCAUUGUCCUGUUGGUGUACUGGAUUAUCGUGAUAUACAUGGCCACCGAUGGUGCCAUAGUUCCAGAUGUCUUUCAUUGGGAACGCAUUGGCUAUCGAAACGCUUGGGUCACUAUCACCCAGCUGCCGCUGCUCUAUCUGCUUUCUUCCAAGUGCAACGUUGUAGGCUUCAUCACGGGUAUCAGCCAUGAGAGGCUCAACUGGCUGCACCGAUGGGUGGCCCGCACCAUGCUCGCCACAGGAGCUGUUCACGGCUUCUACUUUUAUGCCGACUGGGCGCGUUCUGAGCUUGUCGACUAUCAGAUCAAGAUGAUGCCCAUGAUCAAGUAUGGGUUCGGCGCCUGGGGCCUUUUGUUAUGGGCCUGUGUCUCCGGGCUGGCCCCAUUGCGGCGGUUGUCCUAUGAGUUCUUUGUCUUGCAACACAUCGUCACUGCUGUCUUGUUGCUAUGGUUGGUAUACGUCCACAUUCCUGUCGACGCCAGAUACAACCUGUGGUUUGCCAUUGCGGCCCUCUGCUUCGACCGGUUUUGCCGAACAGUGAUGUUGGUUUGGCAGAACGUGAAGGCGUUGCCUGACACGAAGAGAUGCACGGGAGGACAACGGAUUGGGCAUCAAGCCCAGGUGCGUGCGGUUGGGGACUCGAUCACGGUAGUUACCAUCAAGGAUGUCCACUUCAAGUGGAGAGCUGGACAGCAUCUUUAUCUUUGGAUGCCCCGAGUUGGUAUUGCCGAAGCUCACCCUUACACCAUUGCCUGCGCCCAUCAGCUCCCCGAGACUUGCAUCUGUAACAGCAUUCAACUUGUCGUUCGCAAACACGGUGGAUUUUCCAAACGACUGCACGAAUUAGCGACCAAGGCCCAGUUGGCUGGGAAGAAGGAGAGGCUGACAGCAUUUGUCUCCGGGCCGUAUGGAGCGCCACCGCGGUGGGACAUUUACGAGACCAUAGUACUCAUCUCGGCUUCCACCGGUGCAUCCUUUACGCUGCCCAUUCUCGAAAGUGUGCUCCAACACAAGGGCACAAACUGUGUCAAGAGGAUUGACUUCCUCUUGACCACCAAGCAGGGCGAGGAGAUUGACUUUUAUGUGACGCGACUCCACGAGCUGAUUGAGCAUGCCAAAGGCACAGGCAUCGAGCUCCACGUUCACAUUGCCGUUACCCAGGGGCCGACAUCGUUCCCGGUCAGCCAAGAUGGCGUGACUGCCGACAGAUCGUCUGGUUCCUCUACAGGAACCAACUUUGGACGAGGGAAGGUGGCUGAUGAGAAGAUCACGAGCCAGAGACCAUUAUCCAGUCCCGGUGACAUCGAACAAACAGCACGGGCGAUUCCAGUGGAGCGGAAGAGGUCGAGCCACGCCAGUACGGACUCGCACGUAUUUUACUCGAGUGUCCGACCAGAUAUUGAGGCCUACAUCAGAGGACCUGUGGAGGCAACCGGGGGGGAGACCAGCGUCGUUGUAUGUGGCGGCCCGAGUCUUGUUGCCAGGACAAGAAAUUGCGUUGCGAGCCUAUCGGAUGAGCGGGCGGUUCACAAGGGAACCGGGGCACAAGGGAUACAACUAUUUGCUGAAGAGUACAGUUUCUAG